AUGAAAAGAUUUUUCGCAAUUUCACUGAUUGUAGCUGCCCUAGUUGGUGAAUCGAUCGGUAUUAAGACUAAAGUUGAAGACUUAUAGAAAAAUCAUCCUUAAAGAUCAGAAAUAUCGCGUAAUACAAGAUUAUAAAGAUCUUAAAAGAAUCACGUUAAAUUCUUGGAUAAUUUGAAAAACCAUGGUCUCGCUCAGAAAAAGUUGCUAAAUUUUGCUUAAGCUGAUCAGAGUAAUCUUGGAAAAGUAUAAACCAAAAUCGAUUACACAUCGGUCGAUACAGCAACAGCUACAGUUUGUGAUUUACUUGAGUGUUCUGACACGUUUUUAAAUGAUUUUAAAAAUUACGCCAAGAUCAUGUACAAUGAAGAAGCCUUACUUAAUAAUGAAGCUGCAUUCAUAUCAGGUAUGGUAGAAAGCCUCGGUUACCUUGAUUAAGAGUAUUUAGACAUUCUUUAUAGCUAUUAUUCUGAAGAAUAUACUAUGAGUCAACUUAAGUCGAUGUUGAUAGACGAGAUAUAAUUAGAAAUGGAUACCUACUUCAACCCAUUACCAUAAUGA